CGAAAUUUUCGACCAAUGAAAACGAGCGUUACCGAUGUACUUCAUCGGUGAUGUUUACAAACACACAUGGAGACUUUGUCAUUUUAUGAGAUAACGCCCGCCAUAGGAUAACACAGUUAGCGGUCAAGAUGGCUACCACCAGCACUGUUCCUGCGACAAUGAGAGCUCUAGUGAAGACAAAGGAGGGGAUGUCAUUCGAUUUACAGGAGGUAUCGGUGCCCGUGCCGACGGGCGACGAGGUUCUGAUCAAAGUGGAUGCUGUGUCUGUAUGCGGGUCGGAUAUUAACAUGUAUACAUGGAACGAUGUGGCCAAAGUCAUAGCAACGAUACCGUUUACGCCUGGUCACGAGUGCGCAGGUACGGUAGUCAAGUGUGGCCCAGACGCCAACAUACAAGUCGGCAGCAAAGUCGGUGUCGAGAACCAUUACUACUGCGGCACGUGCUACCAGUGUACGCAUGACACCCGCGAAAUAUGCCUCAAUAUGGGACAGUUUGGACAUGGAAAGCAGACCCCAUAUGGAGGAUGUUCCGAGUACACAAUAGUCCCAGCCAAAUUUUUAUACCAGCUCAAACGAACUCUGACACCUGACCAGAUAGCAAUGUUAGAGCCCCUUGGCGUGGCCCACAAUGCCGUGGAGCGGUUGGACUGUAAGGGUGAGGAUGUACUGAUCAUUGGUUGUGGUGCUGUGGGGAUCCUUGUACAGAAAGUCGCCAGAUCUAUGGGAGCUACAAGAAUAAUUGCGGCAGAUAUUGACGAAGAGAAACUUCAAUUUGCCAAAAAAUUAGGCGCAGAUGUUAUUGUCAACACUAAAGAAAAUGACUUAAAAGAGUUUAUCAAAUCGUUCACUGGUGGUGUUGGUAUGGGACGUAUCUGUGAAUGCAGUGGUGCGGCCGUCAUGGUUAAUGCUACCUUCCCAAUGCUGAGAAAAGGGGGGCAACUGGUGCUCGUUGGACUUCCGAAACAGCCUCUUCACGUGGAGAACGUCCUGCAGGACGUGGUUUUUAAGGCAAUGACAAUGAGGACGGUGCACGGUCGUCGUAUAUUCCACACCUGGCGUGAGACCGAGGCUCUGGUGGCAGAGGGUAAAGUUGAUGUGGACGAAGUCAUAACACAUCGGUUCCCUAUGACACAGUUUGAGAAUGCGUUCAAAGUUCUGAUUGCUGGCCAAGCGUGUAAGAUAGUGCUCUACCCUUCACAGUAGUCAACGGAUGUCCUCAGCGUCACGUCCUGAUGGUCCUUCGGGAUCUCUGUCACAAUCAGGGGAAAUGAUUACAUCGAAUUGAAUGUGUUAAUUUAUCAAAUGAUAUGACUAUCUUAGUUAAGUAGUAAAAUAAUGAUUAUCAAAUCAUAUUAAAAAAUCUUUCAAAAUAAUUUUUCAUAUAGAAGCUUAAUCGACCCUUGAAAAGAAAUCUGAUCAGGAACAGGAUGUAAAUCACUAUCAACAGAAUCUCGUGAUUGCUAUGGUAAUUCUACCUCAAAAUUUAUGAUUUAAGUCCUGAUAUGGUUAUUAUACCGGUAUGGCCAUGUCUCGUGAUAUUAUAAUACUGGUAUAUCAAUGUCUCGUGAUAUUAUAAUACUGGUAUAUCCAUGUCUCGUGAUAUUAUAAUAAAGAUAUAUCAAUGUCUCGUGAUAUUAUAAUACUGAUAUAUCAAUGUCUCGUGAUAUUAUAAUACUGGUAUACCAAUGUCUCGUGAUAUUAUAAUACCGGUAUGGUCAUGUCUCGUGAUAUUAUAAUACUGGUAUACCAAUGUCUCGUGAUAUUAUAAUACUGGUAUAUCAAUGUCUCGUGAUAUUAUAAUACUGGUAUACCAAUGUCUCGUGAUAUUAUAAUACCGGUAUGGCCAUGUCUCGUGAUAUUAUAAUACUGGUAUACCAAUGUCUCGUGAUAUUAUAAUACUGGUAUACCAAUGUCUCGUGAUAUUAUAAUACCGGUAUAUCCAUGUCUCGUGAUAUUAUAAUACUGAUAUAUCAAUGUCUCGUGAUAUUAUAAUACCGGUAUAUCAAUGUCUCGUGAUAUCAUAAUACUGGUAUAUCAAUGUCUCGUGAUAUUAUAAUACCGGUAUAUCAAUGUCUCGUGAUAUUAUAAUACCGGUAUAUCAAUGUCUCGUGAUAUCAUAAUACUGGUAUAUCAAUGUCUCGUGAUAUUAUAAUACCGGUAUAUCAAUGUCUUGUGAUAUUAUAAUACCGGUAUAUCAAUGUCUCGUGAUAUGAUAAUAAUGGUAUAUCAAUGUCUCGUGAUAUUAUAAUACUGGUAUAUUAAUAUCUCGUAAUAUUAUAAUAAAGAUAUAUCAAUGUCAUGACUCCUAGGUAUAUAAUCGAUAUCGCGAUAUUACCAUUUUAAAGUAUUUAGUCAGAAACAUUUAGAGCCAAGUCACAUUUAAUCAAGAGAUGUUUGGAAUAUAAUUAUUCAACUUUAUCUAAAUGUAGCCGGCUACCGUUAAUUCAACUGAUCCAGACACACUUUUGUAUGGUAGGUAAUACACGGUUUAUUUCAGGGUUUUACUCUUGGUGUAAGGAUAGUCGAUCGCCUUAUUGACUGUCGGAUAUAACAUUAUCCUAUUAUAUGAUUAUGUUAUAAUAAACAUGUAGUAAUAACUAUUUGUAGGUCUUUGAUUAAAUAAACCCAUGCUAAUCGUC